AUGGCAGCGGUGAAGAUCGUCGACACCACGGAGUCCCCGGAGGGAGACGACAACCACUAUUCCGACGUUGAGGCAGGCAACAUCGGCGGAACAGCAACGAUUCUCCGGGUGGUGUCACUGAGGCAGCAUCGCCUCGUCUCGCUCGACGUCUUCAGGGGCAUAACCGUAACGCUGAUGAUGAUUGUGGACGAUAUUGGUGGCCUCGUCCCGAAGAUAAGCCAUUCUCCGUGGGAUGGCGCCACGUUGGCGGAUUUCGUGUUCCCCUUCUUCCUCUUCAUCGUGGGGGUCUCUUUGGCCUUGGCCUACAAAAGGGUGCCAAACAGAAUGUUGGCUACCAAGAAGGCAGUGCUCCGGGCUGCAAAACUUUUCCUUCUGGGCCUCCUGCUUCAAGGUGGCUUCUUCCACAGUAUACAUGAUCUUACUUACGGGGUUGACAUUCGCAAGAUACGAUCGAUGGGCGUGUUGCAGAGAACUGCCAUGGCAUACCUAGCGGUGGCGCUAUGCGAAAUCUGGCUAAAGGGGGGCGGCGGGGGCUCCAGCUGCACAAUAGUCAGAAAAAACCGGCAUCAGCUGCUUGUUGGUUUGGUCCUCACGGUCACGUACACGGUGAUCUUGUACGGUUUGUACGUGCCUGACUGGGAGUACGACGUCAUGUCUCCUGACUCUACCGUGAAACAUUUUGUGGUGCAAUGUGGUGUGAGAAGUUCUACAGGGCCAGGUUGCAACGCCGUUGGCAUGAUCGACCGGAGUGUUCUUGGAAUCCAGCAUCUCUAUACACACCCGUUCUAUCUGAAAACGGCGCGGUGCAGCAUCGACUCUCCUCGCAACGGGCCGCUGCCGUCCGACGCGCCGCCGUGGUGCCAAGCCCCCUUCGACCCCGAGGGCCUCCUUAGCUCCUUGAUGGCAACCGUGACCUGCUUGGUGGGGCUCCAGUUCGGGCACGUCAUCGUCCACUUCAAGGAGCACGAUGAGAGAAUGGUGUGGUGGUCCAUCCCGGGGUUUAGCUUACUAGCUUUCGGAUUCUCCCUCGACUUCUUCGGGUUGCGUAUGAACAAGUCACUGUACAGCCUGAGCUACACCUGCGUCACCGCUGGUACAGCUGGACUUUUCUUAGCAGGGAUCUAUUUGCUGGUGGACGUGUACGGUUACAAGAGGUUGGUUUUCCCAAUGGAGUGGAUUGGAAAGCAUGCUCUAUUGUUUUUUGUUCUAGUAGCAUGCAACGUCGCCCCAAUCAUAUUGCAGGGGUUCUACUGGAGGGAACCAAAUAAUAACCUUGUAAGGCACCUCUCCAUUCUGUCCGAUAUCAAUUGA